GUCAAUAAUGUCAGCACCAGUUCCAGGUAGUGCUAAUAGUGUCCCUGCAGACUCAGCUACAGCGAGUUCAAACUCAUUUAUGUCAGCACCAGUUCCAGAUAGUUCAGCGAGUUCAAACUCAUUUAUGUCAGCACCAGUUCCAGAUAGUUCAGCGAGUUCAAACUCAUUUAUGUCAGCACCAGUUCCAGGUAAUUCUAAUAGUGUCUCAGCAGACUCAGCUAUAGCGAGUUCAAACUCAUUUAUGUCAGCACUAAUUCCAGGUAGUUCAGCGAGUUCAAACUCACUAACUAUGUCAGCACCAGUUCCAGGUAAUUCUAAUAGUGUCUCAGCAGACUCAGCUAUAGCAAGUUCAAACUCAUUUAUGUCAGCACCAGUUCCAGGUAGUUCAGCGAGUUCAAACUCACUAACUAUGUCAGCACCAGAAUUUAUUUGUCUCUUAUGGUCACAAACUGUACUGGAGAAAGAUCUUUUUCAGUCCUUAAAAGAGUUAAGAAUGAACUUAGAUCAACAAUGGGACAACCUCGCUUAAAUGAUUUGGCUUUAUUAUGCAUUGAAAGUGACAUAGUUAGAUCAAGAGAUUUCACAGUAGUGAUCAAGAAGUUUUUUUCAAAAAAGGCCAGAAAA